AGGGGGGAAGGGGGGAGAAAAAAAAAGGGGGGGAGUGUGUGUUUGCAUUCUUCGGGAUCUUUGGAAGGUCUGAAAUCCUGUUCAUUUUCCUGCUGCGGGGUCUCGGUGCGGUUAUCCGGUCAGCAGAGCGCUGUCAAACCGGCGAUGAGUUUGGACCUGAAGGUGUGUUAACGUGCCAGAAAUUGAAACGAUAUUUCAGUGACACAAAAGGAAUUAAUGCGGAAGAACUGUGGAACCUAAACAAUUGUAAAUUAAGCAAUAUGGGAGAUGAGAUUGGAGACUACAGUGGACUGACUGUUCUCAAUAUUAGCUACAUACCCCCAGUGACAAAACUUCAUGCUGGUGAAGAGAGUCAGCGAUUCUUUACCCAUCUUCAGCAUCAUCAUUCUCAUCAGCAGUGUCGACACCAACACGUUUGUCUCAUUUCAGAUCCCAAAUGUAAUGGUGGAUCUGCUAAAGAGCUGUCAAAAACCGUGGCCGAGUCUAUGGGUUUGUACAUGAAUUCAGUAAAGGAAAUGGGGAACGAGUUUAACUACGGUCUGCAUUCUGAACAAAUGGACGGAAGGCCUGGCAACAAUAGUGAAAGUGAUGGACAAGAAAUCAGUCUUCAGAGUGAGGAAAAGAUGAAUUCCAUCUUAUUAAAGCAAGGGAAGAGGCGCUGUUCUUCUUCCUCUAGCCCUGGAAGAAGUAGUCUUGGUUCUUGCAUGUCCAGUCCUACAAGCUUUAAUAAUCUAGGAUCAGCUAUGUCAAGCCCUAACAAUAUGGGCUCUUGCGUCUCUAGCCCUUCUAAAAUAAAUUGCUUAGCUCUCUCUAGUCCUGACACUGUAAGCAAUCUGGGCUCUUCCAUCGCUAGUCCUGAUAAUAUCAAUAACCUGAGCACCUCUGUCGCUAGCCCUAGUGCUGUGCGUUGUUCUAUUUCUAGUCCAUCUAAAAUAAAUAACCUAACGAUGACUAGCCCCAGUAAUAUGAACAGCUUGGGCUCCUCUAUCUCUAAUCCUGCCAAUGUGAAUAACCUAAGAUCUUCUGUCUCUAGUCCUAACAACCUGAGCUCUCCCACUUCUAUUCCUACUAAUUUGGCUUCUCCUAGCUCUGCCCCAGUGGAUAAUAACAUGUUAGGCUCUUCUUUAUACAGCCCAUCUAACAAUAACAGAGUGGGCUCUUCUGCCUAUAGACCUGUUCUAAAUAACUUGCAUUUUCCCCCUUUGAACCCCUCAAAUGGGUUACGAUUGGUCCUGGAUUCCCCCCAGAACACAGGUGCAAGAAGCCAAAGUAACAGAGAAAUGAAUGUGUUUAAGGAGGAGAAACCAAAAGUUGAAGGUUUGGAAACAGGAAUGUUGAACAAUAUGAAUCCUGUUCAGUUUAUAAAAACUGAAGUGGACAGUGAUUUUAGUGAGUCGUGUUUCCUCAGUCGAGGUAGCUCAGAAUUAACUGAUUCUACCUUCUCACUGCCAAUAAAGUGUGAAAUGAACGAAGAUGCUUGCCUGAACAUGAUGUACGAUAGUCAAGUUUCAGAAAAUCCCUUUUCAGAAAUUGCACAUCUCACAAAUGACGGCAAAAUGAGUUAUGGAGACACAUUCGAUAUAUGUGGGAUUUUAGGGGCAGCUGCAUCCUCAUCAACUUCUAGUUAUGAGCAUGAUGUUUUUUUGCAACCCAUCUUGACCCCAGUGAUCAAACAGGAGCCAAAUGACGAAAGUUACUGUCAAGGCAGCUGUUCGUCUCCAUCCACUGUUGUAGGUGUUAACUCGACUGGACAAUCGUUUCACUACAGAAUUGGAGCCGGUGGCACGAUCUCCUUGCCCCGACCUUAUAUGAAAGAUCAGAGACAACAAUUUGUGAAUCUAAUUCCACCUGUGUGUACUCUGCUUGGAUCUUGGAAAUCACGCCCUAUCAUGACACAGAUCUCCACACCUCCAGGGAGGAGUGAUGGCUACCCGGUGCAAGGAUAUAUUCCUGAGAACAUGUCACGCUCCUCUAUCAUCUCUUCAUCGGUGACCUCAGGUCCUUCAAAGGUUUGCCUGGUCUGUAGUGACGAAGCCUCUGGAUGUCACUAUGGGGUCCUUACCUGUGGCAGCUGUAAAGUUUUCUUCAAAAGAGCAGUAGAAGGCCAACAAAACUACUUGUGCGCUGGAAGGAAUGAUUGCAUUAUUGACAAGAUUCGCAGAAAAAACUGCCCAGCAUGCCGACUACGGAAGUGUCUCAAAGCAGGGAUGAACUUGGGAGCACGAAAAUCCAAGAAACUGGGAAAGGUGAAGGGAGUGCACGAAGAUCAGCAGCCACCACACAGCCCCAAGGAAGGCAUCACUUUCACGGCUCCUUUGCCAGAACCCACGGCCAGUACUGCAGCCAUCCCUCAUUACUCACUCCUGCCAAUGCAUAUCAACCACUCAGUGACUACCGUUCUACAAGUGAUUGAACCCGAAGUGGUUUAUGCGUGCUACGACAGCAGUGUGCCAGACAACACUACACAUCUGCUGUCCAGUUUGAACAGGCUGGCAGAGAAACAGAUGAUUCGAAUAGUGAAAUGGGCAAAAGUACUUCCAGGUUUCCGAAAUCUGGCCCUUGAUGACCAAAUGGUUCUUCUCCGUUACUCUUGGAUGUCUUUGAUGUCGUUUGGCCUUAGCUGGAGAUCGUUCAAACACACGAAUGGCACAAUGCUUUACUUUGCACCAGACCUGAUAUUCGAUGAGCAGCGGAUGCAGAAGUCAGCCAUGUACGAGUUAUGUCAAGGGAUGCAAAGGAUCGGCUUAGAAUUUGUGCGCCUGCAACUGACCUACGAAGAGUUCCUGUGCAUGAAAUCCAUUCUACUGCUUGGCACAAUCCCGAAAGACGGCUUGAACAGUCUGGCUAAUUUUGAGGAGAUGAGGGCAAAUUACAUUAAGGAGCUGAGGAGAAUCAUAGCAAGAAACGAAAAUAACUCUGGGCAAAACUGGCAACGGUUUUAUCAGCUGACCAAAAUCCUUGACUGUAUGCACGAGCUUGCUGGUGGGUUACUGCAGUUCUGUUUCUACACGUUUAUGGAGUCCAAGGCACUGAAUAUUGAGUUUCCAGACAUGCUUGUGGAGAUCAUCAACGACCAGUUGCCAGAAGUCACAACAGGAAUGACCAAAUCCCUUUAUUUUCACAAGAAGUGAUCGUCUUAAAGAAGAACUUUGCCUUAAACUUUCCUCACCUGUUUUGCUGGCUUUACAAAUUAUUUUCGCAGGCUUGUUGUCCUGUAUGUUGCUACACACUAAAGAAAGCUUAAUGAAGGACCUGAACUGAUGCAACAUGAAACUUGUGUAAAUGAGAUGAAAAGGGAUAUAAUCAAUGGUUUAAAGGAGGAGUGGGAAAAGUAUUUUUUGAAAGAGAUAUAUUUUGGCAGGAAAAUUGUAAUAGUCUUUUUUUUAAAAAAAAGUAAUUUUUUUGUAAAGUGAAAUGUUUCUGCAUGCAUAAAAGAUCUGACGUUUACAGUGUAUUUAAGAAAGGGAAAGCUGUGCCUUUUAGUAUCAUAUCUAAUUUAACCAUUUUACAGCAUCUGCUGUAAAAAAAACAGAUUUACCAGCUGAAUUAUAUUAAAUAUUUCCCUAUUUUGUAAUCAUUUUCAUGUUAAAUGAUUUUUCCCUCUUGCCCAUUACUGGUGACUUUUGCUUUGUAACAACAUUGCUUUUCACUACACUGUUGCGGUGCUUUUUGGGUUCCAUCUUUGUUUGUCCUGUGCAGUAGGAAAUAGAGAACUAACUAACUGCUGGAUAAAAUGCAUAAACAACUGCUUACGGCUUACUUUUCUUACAACUUUCCGAACAACUAUUCUGAGUAGAAAGGUCAAACCACAACCCAUGAACCCAAGGUCCCUUCCAAUCUUUUUAGAGAUGUCCGUACUAUUUUCUGUGCUUUGCUGUAAAGUUCUGUAUAUUACGCUGUUGGGAGUCCUGAUGUAGCACUUUUCGGUAAUGCAUACACUGUACUUAUCCAAAUGAUAUGCAGAAUUAUAAAAUAGUUCUAAAUAAGUUGAUUUAUAUUUCCAUGGAAGCACUUAAGCAUCUACAUUUGUGUUGGCAAAGAAUAUUAAAAAAUAUGAUUCA